UUUUUCAAACCACGUGACCAACACUGUCAUGGCGUCGCCCUCGUGUCGUGCGUGGACGGUAUCGUUUGGAACAGCAUACUGACAUUUCUUAAAACCACAGACAGGUAGAAUGAAGACAAAGAAGAUGAGGCCGACAAACAAGCGUGUGUCCUCCGGGCUGAUGAAAAAAGCCAAACGGAGCGUCCACAUGAAAGGGAGCUGGAAAGCUGUAGCGCUGGAUCCCAGUCUCUUUUCUGAGGAGGGCUUGGAGGGUCUGGUGUGUUUUGAGGAGCUGGAAAGUUACAGUCUGGUUGACUCCGAAAAGGCUGCAGCUAAAGCAGCAAGAGAACUGAAGAAGAAGGAGGAGAAGAAGAAGAAGAAGAAGGAGGAGGUGAAGAAGAAGAAGGCGGCGAAGAAAAGGAAAGCCAGCGAGGGAGAAAAGACUGGACUUAGUGUGGCUGUGGACAGCAAAGUGGAGGAGGAAAAGGCAGAACCUGUCAAAGUGGAGGAGGAAACGGGUGAACCUGUCGAGAAAAAAGCCAAGAAGAGGAAAAAUAAGAAACUGGCUGCAGAGGAAUCAGUGCAACAAGAUGACAUUUCUUCAGAUGUUACACAGGAGGUCGUAGCUCCAGGCGAGACUGAAGGGAAAGAGGAAACAGCAGAAAAGGAUACUUUAAAAGAUACAAUAAGUCGCUCAGAACCUGAUGCUGAAACAAAACAAGAAAAGAAUGUCAAGAAAAGGAAGAAAAAUAGAAAAAAACAGAAGCAACAGCAAGAAGAUGAAACCCCAGACGCCGAGCCAAACCAGGAGUCUCCAUCAGAACUUCAAGCCGUGGAAGAAGAAAAAUCCACUCGAGACAAAGCAGCAAAGCCCGCCAAGAAGCAACAGAAAAAUUGGACAAAUGCAGCUCGCUCUGGCUCUGAUGGCAAAAACGUUGACAUGAGUGCAUGGAAGGAUCUGUUUGUUCCCUCAUCUGUGCUAAAUGCAAUGAGCAGUCUUGGGUUUGGAUCACCAACCCCUAUUCAAGCUCUUACUUUGCCUUCCGCUAUCAGGGAUCGGAUGGAUAUACUGGGGGCGGCUGAGACAGGAAGUGGGAAAACGUUGGCGUUUGGCAUUCCUAUGAUUCACGCCAUCCUGGAGUGGAGGAACGGUUCAGAAAAGCCUCUGGAUGAUAACAUCGAAGCUUCCCCAAAGGUUGAGAGUUUGUAUUUACCAUCUGUAGAGGAGUCCUCAGAAGACGAGGAGGAGGAGGAAGUGGGGGCCGAGGAAGAGGAGAGUGAACGUAUCACGAAGCAGGAUCACAGCGACUCAGGCGAACAUGAAAGUGAAGAUGAUGAUGGCCUUGGAGAAAAAGAUAAUGAUGUGAAACUCAGGUGUGUUCAGGAAAUCGAAAAUACAGAUGUUGACAUUAACCCCGACGCUGAAGAUGAAGAACAAACAGCUGGUGGGCGGAGUCAGCCUCUGCUCGGAUUGGUGCUCACUCCGACCAGAGAGCUGGCUGUUCAGGUCAAACACCACAUUGAUGCUGUUGCAAAAUACACAGAUAUCACAACAGCGAUCGUGGUGGGUGGUAUGGCUCAACAGAAACAAAGACGAAUGCUGAAGAGAAGACCAGAGAUCAUUAUUGCCACUCCAGGACGUCUGUGGGACUUGAUCAAAGAGAGGCAUCCACACCUGCUGAACUUGAGACAGCUCAGGUGCUUGGUCAUUGAUGAAGCAGAUCGCAUGGUAGAGCGAGGCCACUUUGCAGAGCUGGAGAGUCUGCUGGAGAUGUUGAACACGGUACACUUUAAUCCCAUGAGACAAACAUUUGUCUUCUCAGCCACGCUGACGAUGGCUCAUAGCCUGCCAACGCGCCUCCUGCAGAAGAAGAAGAAGAACCUUGACAAGAGGAGCAGGCUUGAAAUACUCAUGGAGAAAGUGGGGAUCAAGUCCAAACCAAAAAUUGUUGACCUCACCAGGAAGGAGGCAACUGUGGAGACCCUGAUAGAGACCACUAUCCACUGCCAGAAGGAGGAGAAGGACUUCUACCUUUACUAUUUCCUGCUGCAGUAUCCAGGCCGCACCAUGGUGUUCGCUAACAGUAUAGACUGUAUCAAGAGGUUGAACUCCCUGCUGGUUAUUUUGGACAUUACACCACUGCCCCUUCAUGCUAACAUGCACCAGAAACAACGCCUCAAAAACCUGGAGAGGUUUGCUGAGAGGGAGAGCUGUAUCCUGCUAACUACAGAUGUGGCAGCCAGAGGACUGGAUAUUCCCAAUGUUCAGCAUGUUAUUCACUACCAGGUCCCCAGGACAUCUGAGACCUACAUACAUCGAAGCGGCAGAACAGCGAGAGCCACCAAAGAGGGUCUCAGUUUGCUACUGAUAGGCCCAGACGACAUGAUGAACUUCAAAAAGAUUUACAAGACUCUCGGGAAAGACGAGGACCUCCCCAUGUUCCCCAUCGAGACCAAAUGCAUGGAAGCAAUCAAGGAGCGAGUAAACUUGGCCAGACAGAUAGAGAAGAUCGAGUUCCACAACAGCAGACAGAAGCAUCAUAACUCCUGGUUCAGACAGGCUGCAGAGGCCCUAGAGGUGGACCUGGAUGAUGAUCUUUUAAUCGGCGGAGCAAAGGAUGAGGACGCAGACAGAGAGCAGCAGAAGAUGGUGAAAGGGAUGAAAAAGCAUCUGAAGCAUCUGAUCUCCCAGACAGUGUUCAAGAACACGAUUAAGACCAAGUACCCAACACAGAUGGGAAAGCUCUCCCUGCCUAACCUGCCUCUGGCUGGGAAGGAGAGUGCCCUCACCAGCGUUUCUUUACAGGGGAAGAAACAGGCGUUAAAGAGAGGUGCCCGAUUAAAGCAGAAAACGCAAAAGAAAGAACAACAGUGACAUGUAACAGAAAACAUUUAAUUCUUUGACAGAAUGUAUGUAUUAUUUUUACAUGGCAGUUUGAUUCAUUUAAAUAAUUAUUGUGCCAUCUAACUGUUUACACUGCAAGAUUUUAUAAAAAAUGAGUGUCCGGAA